AUGGCUACGGACUCAAAGAUCCAGCCUCCGUCUGGGGGUAUUGAGGCUGUUUUGCCGAACCAGAAUAUACCAUGGUACAAGCAAGCCCACUUGGUCAAGCUCAAUGGUUUGAUCCUGGGCUUGGUGUGCUUCCAAUCUGCCAUCGGAUACGAUGGAAGUCUACUCAAUGGUCUUCAAUCUCUUCCCCAAUGGAGCAACUUCAUGGACCAUCCUUCUGGCGAAUGGUCCGGCUUCAUCAACGCCAUCUACUUCAUCGGAUUCUUUGUAGCUUGCCCGCCUAGCUCAUGGCUCGCAAACAAAUACGGUCGUCGUCUACCAGCUCUUCUAGGCUUCAUUCCACUAGCACUUGGUACUGGUCUCCAGACAGGUGCUAAGACGGAGGCAGAAUGGAUCGCGGGCCGUUUCAUUCUCGGUAUCCCGACUGCCAUGUUCGCGACAUCAAUCCCUCUUCUCAUUACUGAGAUCGCGUACCCCAGCCACCGAAGUGUCAUUACUGCUUUGACUAACACUAAUUAUUUCAUCGGCGGUAUCAUUGCAGCUUGGACGUGCUACGGUACGAGGAACUACACUGAUUGGGCCUGGAGGAUACCGACGAUUCUCCAGAUCGCCUUGCCCCUGGUUGCCCUUCCUGCUCUGAUCAUGGUGCCUGAGAGUCCUCGAUGGCUGGUAUCUGUGGGACGAGAAGACGCAGCGCGUGAGACGCUAGGAAAGCUACACGCGGGCGGUGACGCGAACCAUCCUCUUGUCGACUUCGAACUCCACGAAAUUACGACCGCCAUCGAAUCCGAGAAACAAGCCGAGAAGUCAAGCUCCUGGGCAUCGCUAGUGUCCACUCCCGCCCAUCGCCGUCGACUCUUCAUCACGGCAUCGCUGGCAAUUUACAGUCAGUGGGUCGGCAACGGAGUCGUCAGCUACUACCUCUCCACAGUGCUUGCUACCGUGGGCAUCACCAGCGUCACCGACCAAACUCUGAUCAUGGGAUGCCUCCAGAUCUGGAGUUUCUUGGCUGCAGUUGCUGGUGCUUCAUGCGUUGAGAGACUGGGACGACGAGUUCUUCUCAUGAUCUCUUGUGCAGUCAUGCUUGUUAGCUUUAUCCUUAUCACUGCCAUGUCAGGGAGCUUUGCGCAGACUGGAGCACGAUCGGUUGGAGUCACAAUGAUUCCGUUUGUGUUCCUAUUCAAUGCUGGCUAUGCCAUCGCUAUGUUAGUCAACUCUGUUUUACCCACGUAUACUCUGGAUCACAUGACUAACACACCUCUUCACAGAACUCCUCUUCAGGUUGCUUACCCUCUCGAGCUUUGGCCCUUCCAGCUACGUGGCCGCGGAAUCUCUGCAGCCUGGAUGAUCAUGAUCCUGGCCCUCAUCUUCAACGUCUUUGUCAACCCAAUUGCCCUGUCGGCUAUUGGCUGGAAGUACUACAUCGUUUAUGUGGCUCUUCUUGUCUCCUACGGUUUCGUGAUUUUCUUCUUCUAUCCCGAGACACGUGGGCGUACACUGGAAGAGAUUUCGGUCAUCUUUGGCGAUGCACCAGAAGGACUUUAUUCAGAUGAGCUGGAAACGAAGCAAGUGAUUGAGAAGGCUGAAGUGAAGCACCUCGACUAG